AUGGGGAGAGUCAAGCAACCAGCUGUCCUUAGAUGGGAGCUGCCCCUGGCAGCAGCGGAGGCGCUCAUGACAACUUGCGUGGCCCCAACCGAGGGAUACAGUGUGUGCAGCCUGGAGUCACGUACCACUAGAGCCCUGGGGGUGUCUGAGAGCACCUGCCUGGAUAAACCCAGACAGGUCUCCCUGCUAUAUACCUCCAAUGGCAAUUGGUACCACACCUGCGGAGGGACCCUGAUAGCCAACAACUGGGUCCUGACAGCUGCCCACUGCAUCAACUCCUCCAGGACCUACGGCGUGGCGCUGGGACGGCACAACCUCUGCAUUGCGGAGUCCGGCUCGCUGGCCGUCAGUGUCUCUAAGACUGUGGAACAUCCGGACUGGGACUCCAACGAUGUCUCCAAUGGGUACGACAUUGCCCUGGUCAAACUGACUAACCCCGUCUGCCUCACCGACAAGAUCCAGCUGGCCUGCCUCCCUCCUGCUGGCACCAUUCUACCCAACAACUACCCCUGCUACGUCACGGGCUGGGGAUAUCUGCAUACCAACGGGCAUGCUGCUUGUGUCCUGCAGCAGGGUCGGUUGCUGGUUGUGGACUAUGCCACCUGCUCCCGCCCUGACUGGUGGGGCAGCACCGUGAAACCCUGUAUGAUCUGUGCUGGGGGUGAUGGCGUCAUCUCCAGCUGCUACGGAGACUCUGGCGGGCCGCUGAACUGUCAGGCAGCUGACGGCCGGUGGGAGGUGCAUGGCAUCGUCAGCUUUGGGUCUAGCCUCGGCUGCAACUACCCCCAAAAGCCGUCCGUCUUCACACGGGUCUCCAAAUACAUCGACUGGAUCAAUUCGGUAAGAACCGGACGAGCCCAAAGCCCCAGGGCACUUACCUGCCCACCUGGACUUGGGAGUGCCGUGCCCACCUGGCAACUGAGAACCCCCUCCUUCCUCUUGAGAGCUAGAUGGGAACCCCUUGGAGGAGGCUGCAGACCUUGGCAAUGCUGGGCCCCCCAUGGGACCCCAAAAUUUCUGUGUGGGUAAAGCUGAGUGAAAAGCAACAU